AUGAAGAUUACAAGAGAGGCCAAAGAAGCCUCAAAGGAUAUCAAAUUAUUAUGGGCAUCUGUCUUUCUAAGACUUUUAUCCUAUGGGUUGACAAGCCAAGUACUUACAUUAUUCUUGGAUGAAAUUCACUUAUCUGAGGAUAAGAUGGGUUUAUUUAUGUCUCUUACUCUUAUCGGAGACGUCUUAUGUUCAUAUAUUUUAACAUGGUAUGCAGACAUUUGGGGUCGAAGAAAUGUGUUAAUAUACGGUGCUCUAAUGAUGACGUUUAGUGGGAUUGCAUUUGCAUUUAGUGAAAAUUUCCACGUCUUGUUAUUAUUUGCUAUUAUUGGGGUCAUCUCUCCUUCAAGUAAUGAAGUUGGACCUUUUAAGUCCAUCGAGGAAGCUAUUAUUGCUCAUUUAACUCCUCAUAACAAGAGACCUGAAAUUUAUGCUAUUCAUGGAUUUAUGGGAAGUGUAGGCACUGCUCUUGGAUCCUUAUUGUGUGGUACAGUGGUUCAUUUUUUAAAUUCAUCGGAGUUGGUCACAACCAAAUUACAAAGCUACAAGAUGAUUUUCUUGAUUUAUGCAAUGAUUGGCGUUUUCAAAGUGAUAAUUAUGAUAUCUUUAUCUGAAGAAACGGAAAAAGAUGGUAAUCAUGGUGAUAUCUACGAUGAUGAUAGUCAUAAUGAUCAACAAGUAACUACAGAUUCUCAAGCAUCGGAGAUUGAAACCAUUGAUACAGAGGGCACUCCAUUAUUAGAAUCUUCUACGACUUCCAUUAAUAAGAAUCAAUCAUCUAUACCUACUGCAGGAAGUUUAUCACCAGAAACUAAAUCAGUUUUGUAUAGAUUAUUAGUAAUAUUCAUGGUUGAUUCAUUGGGGUCUGGUUUUAUGCCUGAUAGUUGGAUGGUUUAUUACUAUGCUAAAAUCUUUCUGAUGAGUUCAUUCGGACUUGGUGUUUUGUUUGCUGUCGCACAGGUUAUUAUGGCAUCGACUACAAUUCCAUCAUCUUGGGUGGCUAGGUAUUUCGGUCCUGUUAAAGGGACUAUAAGUGUUCAAGCUCCAAGUGCUAUCUUUAUGAUAAUUAUUCCAUUUGUUGAAAGUCAUUUAUCUUUAUCAAUCACUAUGUUAUUAUUACAUUUUGCAACAACAUCAAUGGACGUCACAUCAAGACAAAUUUUAUUGACGAAUAUUGUUAAACCAAGAGAUUUAACUCGUGUAAUGGGUAUUGUCAAUAUUGGUAAGAUAUUUGCAAGGUGUGUUGGGCCUUUAUUCACUGGUAUUUUAGCUUCUAAGGGCUAUUUAUGGUUAUGUUAUAUUAUUGAUGGUUCGUUUGUUCUUGUUGCAGAUUUAUUACUAUCCAUUUGGUUUUUAGAUGUUGAUGCCAAGAUUAUCCGUCAAUUUAAUUCCUAA